AUGGCUAUCUUUCAUCAUGGCGAGUUUGCAAUUACUACUGCUAUCGUUCAACAGGUGAGAGAAACACUAGAACUAUCGUUGCAGAACGAGGAGCAGAAACGCCGAGACCAGCUGAAUUCACUCUUCAGGGAAGCAGGCAUCCAGCUCCCGUGCUGCGCUACACGACGGACUUCACACGUGGGUGUAUCUCCGGCUGAGAUCGACCGGGAACUACAACGUGCAGUUUCGGAGCUUACGCGUCGAGAACAUCUUUCACUCGUGCAGUUAGUACGGAUCUGGCGAAACGAGACAGCCGAAGACAGCAGGCCUCAUAAGGCACUGAAUGUGGAAUGGUCAGCCGUACUUUCGAGAGGGUAUCGCCAUCGCGAAGUCCUCCUUGACACUGUUCGACAUGGCGUUCGUCACCGUUUUCGUAAAUGUCUCGAUGAUUUCUUCUCUGAGGUUCCAGAAAAUCACAAGUCUGCUCGCGAUGCGGUCAACGCACUUCGGCGGAGCAUUCGUGACGGCCAGGAUGCUGGGACGUAUCUGGUUGUUGACACGGAUGUAUCUCAGCGUUGGCCCACCGUCAAAUUUAGCCCGUUCGGAUGUGUACCUAAAGCCGGUCUUGACCCUCGAUUCGAAGCCCGACUCAUCCACGACCUAUCUCAUCCAAAGGGGAGAUCGACGAACGCAGCAUCGGAUCGCUCGCAACUCCCGACUAUACUCUACGUCCACGUUCGAGCCAUCGCCCGUCGAAUUGAAUAUCUACGCAAGCGCUACCCAAACCGGCGGAUCAUGAUGUUAAAGGGCGACGUGAAGAGUGCUUUUCGACAGAUAAUGCUGGCAGCAGAAAUUGUUCGGGGGUUCGGUGGCAAAAUUCCCGAGGAUAUCGCGGCUGUGAUCGAUACAGCGCUUCCGUUUGGCUGGACAGGAUCGCCCGGCCAUUACGGAGUUUUUGGAGGCGCCAUUUCGCAUCGCUUGGGGUUAGAAAGCCCUGGUAGCCUUGAUCCUCGGUCGUCGGACAAGGAAACCUUCUUUGCUUAUGUAUGGGUUGAUGAUCACAUUUGCGUCGAGCCCGACAUCGAUAAUCGUCUCGAGCUCUGCGAGGCAGCUCUCCGUCUGGCGAUGAUGGCGUUUCUCGGUCCGAGAUCAAUUAACGAUUCGAAGUUCUCGCGUUUGGAGCAGCAGCUGACAGCUCUUGGGCUCGAGUGGAACACGCAGGAAGGUACUGUCUCCAUGCCGGAAGCCAAGAUAGAGAAAGCUCUCGGAAGCAUACGUGCAAUUCUGGAAUCCAACGCGGCAUCAAAACAUCAGCUGAACAAGCUUUUGGGCAGUCUGCGGCACGUGUGUUCCUGCAUC